GCAUUGAUUUAAUGUAUGAGUUUCUUUAGUGACCAUUGUAAACUUAAAUAUGUAACGAUAUGGAAAAAGAUACAGAGUGAGAAGCCUGUUUUUUUUUUCUUCGUCGUUUUCGGCAGACAUUUGUAGUUUCUAUGCAACAUGCUGACCCACGUGUGGUGUACUUGUUUUUAGGAAUGCGUUAUUGUUAAACUGUUAUGGGUAAGAAUAAAAAGCAUAAAAUUCAGAAAUCAGAAGAAGAGAAAGGCGGAAAAAAUGUCAGUAAAACGAAGCCUAAAAGAGACGACAAAUCAAAGAAACCUGGAGAAGAGGAUCACCUCAAGCACAUUCCCUUCAGGCUUCGGGAGAUAAUGAAGAGCAAAGAGAGAAUGAAAGCCGGAAAACUUAAAAAGCUCAAAAAGGCAACUGCCUCCAACGGUGAGCCAAGGAAAUUCCAGGAUGGAGAUAUACCCGUCCCGCAUUUCAAGAGAAGAAAACUAGAAAGUGAGAAGGCAUAUAUUGGGCGGAUGGAGAACGAGACGAAACACGUUCUGUUCCUCACCAAAAACCAGGUGGACAGAAGACCUGAGCUGGACAUCGACCAGCAGGAGAAGCCUGCAGACAGCGGCAAGUCUGACAAAAAGAAGGAAUAUGCUAAAAUGAGACGCAACAAACUGCAGCAGAAAAAGGUUGAAAAACAACAAACCAAGGAGGAAAAAGAAAUGUUUGUUGAAAAUGUUCCUUUUGGUGAAGUUGCGAUAGCUCCUCCGACGCUAAACAUCAAACCAAGGAAAGCUCAGAACAAGUCUCAGGGAAAGAAGGAGCUGCUCCUCAACUCUCUGUUAGGACAGACAGUCGCCUCCACAGCCAAGCCGUCCAUGGCGAGACAGAGACUGAUGGAGGAGGAGAGGCUGCGAGCCGUGGAGGCCUACCGUCAGCUAAAGAAGCAGAAACAGCAGCAGCUGGAGGCCCGGGCUGGCAGGGUGGGAAAGCCGGUGUCGUGGUCCGACAUGCCCGAUCGCCAGCAGGCGGCUUUGUGAACCGAUGUGUCGGAAAUUCCAAAUAUUUUUCUCAAAGACUGAAACAUUUUAAUUUAGGAUUAAAAUAUAUUUACUUUUGCGAUUGAUCUUAAUUUAAAUAAAACUAUUAUUUCAUCUGGAAAACUCACUUGCUGACCUUUUGAAAUACAUCGGCCUUUUCAAAGUUUACUCAAAAAUCAUCAUUUGCAUUUAUAGCAUAUCCUUAUUUGCAUGUUCCUUCUGAAAUAUUGGCAUUUCCCGUGACGCAAUAUGUUUACAGCUCAUUUAAAUGGAUGAAUGGAUGCUCAGUAGGCGUCAGCUCUCUGUUUCGUCUAUGAAAAUGAGAAAAUAAUUAAAAUAUUUCGUUUGUAAACUUUUUGCUUAAUUAUGCCUUUGUUUCAUUUGAAUUUAAAUUAUUCUGGAUUAUGUCACAUUUGUAGUUGUAUUCCCUUGAUUAAAUAAUUCUCUUUUAA